AUGCCGACGCCGGCAUUUUCUUUCUCUUUUCUUACUCUCUUUCAGUGUUUGCACCUUCUUUUUAAUUGUUCGUUUGUUGUUGAUGUUAUCCCUUUUAUUUUAUUAUCUGAUUUAUAUGCAUUCUUUGUAGGACUUUCUUUCUUUUUUUCUACAUUCUUGAUUUCUUUCUUCUAUUCCAUAAUUCUUUUGUUUCUUUUUUAUUUUCCUUCUUUUGUUCUAUUUGAUUCUUUCGAUAUUUAUUUCUAUUUUUUUCUUUAUUUUGUGUUCGUUUUUCUUGUUCAUUAUGAUCCUUUCUUGAUUCAUAACUCCGUUUUACCUUUCCUUCCUCCCCCCUCUCUCUCUCUUGUUUAUUUCUUACUUUUUUCUCCCUAUAUUGCUUUUUUUUCUGUUCUUAUUUGUAUCUUUCUUUUGCUUCCUUCUAACGUUCUUUUGUUUUUCCUUUUUAUCGCAUCUCCUUCAUCGUUUCUUGAUUUUUUUUUUUUAUAUUUAUUCCUUGAUUUGGUUUGUUUGCUUCAUUCUUCAUCAUUUGUUUCAUUUUUUUUCCUUCUUUCAUUGUACAUUUUACUCUAUUCCUUAUUCUUUCUUUCGUCUUUUGUUGAUUUCUUAUUCGUUCCUUCUUUUAUUUUUACAUCUUUCUUUCAUUCAUGUGUGUUUCUUCCUUUAUUCAGUCUUUCGUUCGUUUUUCUUUCUUCUUUCUUCCUUCUUUUUGGUUUUCUUUCUUCUAUACCUACUUUUUGUUUCAUAAUUUCUUGCUCAGUUUCUCCUUUUUUAAACUGUUCUUUUUAUUUUCUCUUUCUUUCUUGCGUUCAAAUUUUAAUUCUCUUUUCUUCAUUCUUUCUUUAUGUUUCAUUACUAUGUCCGUGCAUUCAUAUUUCGACUUCUUUCUUUCUAUCUGUCUAUAUCUCUGAAAUGAAGUAUUAG